UCAGGGCCACAUACUUUCGACAAGCACAGCUCAAAUAACUGUCAGGUGAAAAUAUAUUUUAGUACUAUUUCUGAAAACAUAGGAAACCACAAAGAGGCCAUGUCACCUCCACCUCCCUUACAACCUAGAACUGUGUGUGGGCUUUGUCAAUCUAUGUUCAAACCUUUUUACUGUUGGUGAAAGUAAGCUUUGCGCAUCAGAACACAGCAUGAAAAUGCCUACCACCCAUAACACUAUCUGACACACACUUCCCUUGAUAACCGUUGGUCCAAUAUGGUCAUGUUUCAUUUGAAAUGAUUAGUGGCCAGUUGUAAAAUGUUAACCAGCUGCCGUUGUCACCCAAAAACUCAUACGAGUACAUGAAUAUAGAAUGACUUGGAAAGCUUAAUUUAUCCAGCGAGACAUAGUGAUACUGAUGACAAAGCCGCUCCUUCCUGUGAGUGAGGGACGACAGGAAGCCACAUAACAAAGUGAGGUGAAGAACGAACAGAAGUGGUCAUCUCAGUGGUUGCAAUAGAAAAUAUUUCACAUGAAUUUGGACAGAAGUUGCUUGAAUAUCUUACCAGCUUGGGCACUGUGGUCCUCAGAUGAAGGCAACAUACACACUCAACAGAGAAAUGUCAUAUUGGAAUGCAACAAGUAAUCACACAGAUACUUCCCUCAUCAGGAACUCAAAUAUAACAAAUGAUCUUGGUUAUAAAUUCUCAGAUCCUGUAGUAGGAGGUAGCAGAUUAAACGGGAUGUUCUACAUUCUAAUCGGUAUUUCUGGGUUUACUGUCACCAUUGUCAUUUUAAUGGCAAUUCUGUGGACGAGGAAGUAUCGCACUUUGAUUCACACCAUUCGAGACCUGCAGGGUGUUGAGGGUCUAUCGGGCAGAGCUCCUCCAUCUAACCCCCCAUCUAGAAGUCCCCUAACCUUGAGGAAGUGUUUGGGGCAUGAGACAAGAAGCCAUCCCACACGAGAGCUUGUCUCUGUCACUCUGGGACAGGAGUCACAGGACACCAACUUAACCACUCCCCUUGAAAGGCAGACAACCAAGUCUGCUUCUAGGUCUCUCUGGAGACCACGGCAAACUGUUUCCUGCUUCAACACCUCUGGGCUAGGUCUACAGUAUAUCAUCAAAGCAGGGAGGGAAGGGGUGUACUACAAGGCUAAGGUGAUACGUGGCACCUGCAAGGGCCACUUCAUUGUCACCUGCAAGAUUAUCAAAGAGGGGGCUACUCACAGGAGAGUAGCCAGAGAGGUGAGCAUCAUGAGGAAGCUGGGUGUCCACAAGAACGUGCUGCAGCUGCUAGACUGGAACAUCACACAGGCUCCUUACAUGCUGAUCCUAGAGUCGGUGAGCAGUGGGACACUGCGCAGUUUCCUUCAAGUGAAUCAAGACCAACUGAGCAGGGACAGUCAACUGCAACAUUUCUUCACCACAGCAGCAUAUCACAUUGCCCAUGCCAUGAGACACCUGUGCUCUAAAAUGGUGGUCCACUGUGACCUAGCCCUGAGGAACAUUAUGGUGAACCAUUUUCCCAGAGAGGUGAAGCUGGCAGAGUUUGGACUGGCCCAAGACCUGACUCACAAAAGGAGCCAUCGCAGCAGCUGCAAAGUGGACCACAUGCAAAGUGUGCCCCUGCGUUGGUAUCCCCCAGAGUACUUCAGAAACAACUACUACAGCUUCAAAGGGGAUGUCUGGGCCUUUGGCAUUGUGCUGUGGGAGAUGCAAACAUUUGGGACCUUACCAUAUCCUAACCUGGAGGCUCCAGAGUUGGUGGUGCGCUAUGUUUGCUCUGGACAAAGGAACUCAGUCCCAGAGACAUGUAGGCCAGAGAUACUGCAGACGAUUAGGGACUGUUGGCUGGAGCCAAACACCCAAAGGCCCUCCUUCAACGACAUAGUCAGAGACCUCGAGAACAUCCUGGAGGAUGAUGAAGAUUACGUCAAAGUGGACAACGGAGUCCCAAUGGCCAAUAUUGAAUUUGGCGACCAAGGUCAAAUCUAGCCCACUCUCCUUCACGGGGACUAAAUAUGUGACAGGAAAAUGGUCUAAUUCACGGACUUAUCAAGAGAACAUCCCUGGGCAUCCCUA